ACUCAUGCUCAUCUUCAUCCAACUCCACUUAUUUUCCCCUUUGACAAAAUUCAAAAUUCUCACUCCUAAAUCCUAAUUGACAUGGUGAAAUCACCUGAGAAGCAGCACCAACCUUCCUCCGCCGCCGCUUUGGAGGUCGUUCGAGAAGCUUCCUCUUCCUCCUCCUGCAAAUACAAGGGCGUGCGUAAGCGUAAGUGGGGGAAAUACGUCUCCGAGAUCAGGCUCCCUAACUGCAGGGAGAGGAUAUGGCUCGGAUCCUACGACACGGCGGAGAAGGCGGCGCGUGCCUUCGACGCCGCCCUCUAUUGCCUCCGCGGCGGAAACGCCAAGUUCAAUUUCCCCGACAAUCCGCCGGAGAUCGAGAACGGCCGCUCCAUGACCCCCGCCGAGAUCCAGGUCGCCGCCGCCCGCUUCGCCCAUGCGGCCGCCGGCGCCGAGACCUCGGGUCGGGUCGACGAUCUCGACUCCCAGUCGGACUCGUCGGAGGCGCUGCAGCACGCCGAGUCGCCGUGCCCGUCGGUCUCCGAUAUGACUAAUAUACCCCUGGAUAAUGUCUUCUUGGAUCAGUUUUUGACCCUCAGCACCGAUAAUAACAUUUCGGAUUUCGGGUUAUUUCCGGGAUUUGAUGAUCUUUCGGGCGAUUUUUUGGCGCCACCUGAUUAUUAUUGGCCUGAUAACACUGAUGAAUUAUCUUCGCAGCUUUGGAAUUUUUGAGACAUUAUAAUUAUAAUUAUAAUUAUAACCACAAUUAUUAAUUUGCCUGUCUUUUCGGGGGUUCGAUUUUCUGGGAAUUUUAGCUGCUGGAAUUUCUUACCCCUUUUUCCAAAUUAGGAAGGAUAUACAAUACUAUUAGUUAAGUCUCCACAACUUUUUUUUUCUUUUUCUUUCUCAAUUCUUCUUUUCGUGAAUAUUUUUGAUUUAUUUGGAUAGAGUGAAACGGUACAGUUUUGUGAGACCAUCAACUCUUCUGCAAUUCAAUAUGUCAUGCACCUUUUUACUAUGUAAAGAUAUAUACUCCACAUUUUAAGUUGAA